AGUGUGGAUUCCCUGGCCUUUGAGACCCUCAUCCGUAAGAGCAUUGUGCAGAGAUAUGCAUCACUGUUACUGGAGCACAGACGGAUCAUUCUGUGUGGGCCUAGUGGUACAGGAAAAACAUAUCUGGCCCAGAAACUGUCAGAGCACCUCGUACUCAGGACCACGCCUGUUCUUAUACUGUCCCAUGGACAUAGCAGGCUCCCAGGUUUGGUUUACUGACCUAUGGAAUUACAGUAUUAUACCAUGCCUCCUGGAGGCUGUGAGGGAAGGACUACAGAUGUAUGGCAAGAGAGCUCCAUGGGAGGACCCUGCUGAUUGGGUGAUUGAGACAUAUCCAUGGAGUAAUAACAGCAACCGUGAUUGGCCAUCACUCCUUAGGCUCCGCCCAGAGGAUAUGGGUUUUGACACAUAGGGUGUGGCCCCGCCCCGAUCAAGAACAACCCCACCAUUAAGGAGACAACCAGUGAGGGAGAAGAGGACAACCUGGUAGGCUAGCAUACAUUUCUGACUCAAUGCAAAGUCAUCAGAACUGGUUUUAAUGCCAAUCUGAUGGGAAAAAAAUCUUUCAUGAUGUUUUUGUGUUAGUAGAUUUUGAAGCCUUUUACACAAAAAAUGAAAUGAUGUGCUAAUUGCAUCCUUCAUUUUACAUUAAAGUUACGAAAAGAAAAAUAGAGUUUGGAUUUGGCAUUCUAAGCUGAGGUUUAAAAACAUGAAGCUAAAUUACUAAGGAAACACUGACACAUGUUCCCAUAUUUUCUGUGAAAAAUAGAAAAUGAAAUAAAAACAUGCAUGGUGUUAUGUAAUGUAGAAAUGAGAAACUAUUUCUUACUUUUAAUACAGUAGUUUUUGUUGUUCAUCUGUUGUAAUCCAUUAACAUAUACUGAUUUUUAGCUGAGUGUAAUUUGUGUGUAGAACUUCAGUUUUGUCUAAAAUGAAGAGUUGAUAGUUUCGGUGUGUAGUUUUCAAAGAAGGGCGAAGUUAAUGUUGACUUUAGUAAAGCAUAGAGGCUUCAAAAUUUUUUAAUGGUAAAAGAAUUGAAAUCGAUGUAGAGUAAAAUUCAGUUUUGUCAAACAUUAAACAAGUCUGAUAUAUGCCAGUGUUUUUCUAAAGUGUGGAAAU